UCCCCCACCCAGCCUCGGCAGCUCCUCCUCCGCCGCCGUUAGCCUGUUAGCCCCGGCUCCCUCUGCCAAAAAGGGGCCAGAGACACCGCAAAUCACCCGGACUGCACGGGCAUCCAGCACCGGGAGACCGCUGGUGGAGCGUCCGACCCAGAACCGUGACGAAUAAACCAAAAAGACACGAUUAACGGGGGAUUUAACGCGAUAAAAGCGGCUAAUGAGUGGGGCUAGCCUCGGAGCUAACAGGCUAACAAUCCGCUGACGAGCUCCAAACCAAGGAUUCUGUGGAGAUUAUCUACCGCUGAUCUGUGCCAUAAAGACCCCCGAUUGACCGUGCCCGUUUUGCACUUUUGUGAUGCUAAAAGAAGCCAAAACCUGCGCUCGGGGGGACAUUUAGCGGGACAUUCAGCGGCAUAUGUAGGUCACUGCAGCGGCUGGAGCUGUAUCUGGGUCAGCGGCAUCAGCGGGUUAACUCUGCCGACUAGCACCAACAGCUGGUUAGCAUCGAAGCUAACACUCUCGAAGCAGCUUUUACGAAAGAUUUAUCUAAUAACAUUAAUUUUUAUUUAACUAAAUUUGUUUUUACGGCUGUCGUGAGCUUAUUUACGGCCAAAUCUGAAGUGGUUUCUGUUUAAUUUAUGUUUUAAGCUGUAAAAUAGCGAGUUCUCUGCGGACUGGGCACACAGCUGCUGCUACAAACAAAGAUAACUUGUAUGAUAAAAGUGGACAUUUUAAAGGCCAGGCUCGAAGCGCAGUUUUAAUUUGGUUUUUAUGAAGACUAUUGAAACUUUUUACGCAUUUCCAAGAGGUUGAAGUGUUUGAAGGGUUUUAUCAGUCUGAAAUCGCCUGGUGAUACGGUCAGAGGCUCGGGGAGAGGGGGCAUGCACACCGCGGUGAUCCUCCUCUCUGUGGCCGGGCUGCAGUAGCUUAUCCUCGGCCGUGGGACUGAGCAGGACCCCCCUCUGCCCUGGUUCUCCUGGAUGAGUUUUACUGGAGCUUGAAGGGUAACGGAUCGGAACUAGACCAACAGCAGUGCUUCUGUGGAGGUGCGUUGGAGCAUGGCGUUCCACAGCGGCGCUCCUCGUCAGCCCGUCGACAUGUUUCCUGGUUCGGAUCUGGGUCCAAAGUUCUUCUGUGUUAACUCUUCAUGCGCCGCACCUGCCUCCACUCUGACCUCUAGUCUCACGGGGUCCACGGCUCCGGCUCCUACCCCCAGACACCCCACUUCUCUGGGGGGCAGCGCGGGUGGAGGAGGGGCGGCAGUACCACAGCCCUACACCAACCCGGCCAGUGAGGUCCCGAGCCCAGCCGAGAUGGAGCCUGACAGACCCAUUGGAUACGGAGCAUUCGGAGUCGUGUGGUCAGUGACAGAUCCACGUGACGGCCGAAAAGUGGCUCUGAAGAAGAUGCCAAAUGUCUUCCAGAACCUGGUCUCCUGUAAACGAGUGUUCAGAGAACUGAGGAUGCUCUGCUUCUUCAAACAUGACAACGUGCUGUCGGCAUUGGACAUUUUGCAGCCUCCUCAGAUCGACUGCUUCGAGGAAAUAUAUGUGAUCACUGAACUGAUGCAGAGCGACCUCCAUAAAGUCAUCGUCUCCCCUCAGCCUCUGACCACUGACCACAUCAAGGUCUUCCUCUACCAGAUCCUCAGAGGUCUGAAGUACCUCCACUCUGCUGGAAUCCUACACAGGGACAUCAAACCUGGCAACCUGCUGGUCAACAGCAACUGUCUGCUUAAGAUCUGUGACUUCGGCCUGGCUCGUGUGGAGGAGCCUGACCCGUCUCGUCACAUGACCCAGGAGGUUGUGACUCAGUACUACAGAGCUCCAGAGGUCCUGAUGGGCUGCAGGCACUACGGAUCCGCCAUCGAUGUCUGGUCUGUGGGGUGCAUCUUUGCCGAACUGCUGGGGAGAAGGAUCCUGUUCCAAGCUCAGAGUCCCAUACAGCAGUUGGAUUUGAUCACAGAUUUGCUGGGGACUCCUCCUCUCUCUGCUCUGUCUUCAGCGUGUGAAGGGGCACGGGCACACAUCCUCAGAGGACCUCACAAACCCCCGUCUCUGUCUGUGCUCUAUAUGCUCUCUGACGGAGCCACUCAUGAGGCCAUCCACCUGCUCUGUCGAAUGCUCGUGUUUGACCCGUCAAAACGUAUCUCUGGCUCAGAUGCCCUGUCUCACCCGUACCUGGACGAGGGCCGUUUGAGGUACCAUACGUGUAUGUGCCAGUGCUGUUACUCUGUGCCCAGCGGGCGCGUCUACACCAGAGACUUUGAGCCUGUGGCCGAGCGCCCUUUCAGUCACAGCUACGAGAACAGCCUUCUGUCAGUGUGGCAAGGCAAAGAGCUGAUCCAUCGCUUCAUCACAGAGCAUCAGCAGGGAAAGAGAGUCCCUCUGUGCAUCAACCCCCAGAGUGCCGCCUUUAAGACCUUCAUCAGGUCUACGGCAUGGCAUUCGUCAAAAGUCUCUCGUAAAGAGGAGAGAUGAGCUCUGCUGCUGUGGAUCUGAGUCCGGACCAGGACCAAGACUAGGCCCAGGAUCAGAACCAGUCCCAUGGGUCCACUGUGGGUCCUUGUACAGACCCCUCCCAAAACCCACAUACCCACUGGACCCUGGAGCCUGGAACAGACCAAAUUUAGUCCAGAUUUAGUCUUGGUCCUGGUUUAUAACUGCUUUUAGACCAGGUUUAGUUCUGGUCUUUCCGUGGUUCUGGUUUAUAUCUGGCUUUAGAUCUGAUUUAUUCCGACCCCAGACGCCACUUUAGACCUGGUUUAAAUCUGGUUUAUGUUGUUUUUUCCAGGCUCACACAGAGGAUAGUCCAGGCCAGGAACUGGUCCAGACUAAUUUUAGACUAGGAUUAGUUAUGGUCCAGUCCCAAUCUCGUUGGUCCAGUCCGGUCCAGUCCCGGUCCAGGCCUGAUCUAGGUGUGGUCCAUUUCCGGGCUAGUCCUGGUCUAGUCCCGGUCCAGUUCCGGGUCGGACUCCUGGUGCUGUUGUACAGAGAAUCGCUGCUUAUUCAAAGUCUCGGUACAAACCUCGUUGGCGUUUUCGCUGUAAAAAUUUUUAAGGAGUUUUUGUUGUCUUUUUGGUAGAUAGUUUGAGUUUUGACGUCAUUCCAGUUUUGUGCAAUACUCCUCCUCGGAAAACCGCUCGCCGUGUCCGCACCAAAAACUAACCUCUUUAAGUUACAAAAUGGAUGAAACAUUUCAAACAACAACAGAUUUUAUCUAUCCUAUCCUUUUCAAAAAUAUCUCGCUCCAAAUUCAUGUAUUCAACUCAUAGACUAUAUAUAUAAAUGGACAUAACGUACUAGCUAACAUGCUAGCUGCCACAUUCAAACUGGAAGUGAGCAUAAUCAUGAAGUGUUUCCUUCGAGCUCUGGUUGCAAUUCACUUUCUAUUGAAAAAUUGUGGCCCCUAAGAGUUUUGUAUUUAUUCGCUCUACAUGAUCCUGUUUUUUUCCCACUCUUUUGUUCUCAAAUCAAGAUAUGAACAUUAAUAACUGAUUAAUCAGGGACCUUCUUUCUCUGAGAUUCCUCCUGAGUUAGCAACGGGUUUGGUUGCUGUCUGAUUAAGGAGGGAAGGUGGAUUACCUUUUAACACCCUUGCCCCUGAUUGGCUCUUUGGUUUUGGACUUCGGUUUCCAAAUAUCCAAAUCCCUGGUUGCAGCAAUAACUGCUAGCUUUGAUGAGCUUCAUUGGACUGGAGCCAAACGUGGGUGACCUCACUCAGUUCACUUUUUUAUAUAGACUGUGGUUCAAAUUUAGACUUGAUUUCACUACUUUUAAUUCACAAAAACACCAGAGCUGGAUUGUAUAACUCACUAACCUCAAAAGUGCCAUAUUUCUCCAACUAAGAUGGUGAAAUUACCCGUGAGAGCCAUUUUACUUUCUGUUUUUUAAACAUUUGGUGCAGACGCGGCCGGUUGAUGAACUUCAGGAUUCAAACGCCAAGGUUUUUCCUCGACUCAAAUCUCACUGUGUCCGAACUCUUCAAAAUAAUAAUAAUAAUAAUGUUUGAUGUCCACAUGUAGCAGCCUCACGCUUCCUGCUUCGUUCCCUGUUUUUUCAGAUAUCUCACUGAAUUUUGUUGAAUUUUGUUGUAUUUUUUACGUGUUUUGAGACUGCAGAGAGAGAGGCCAAAACUACAGGAUCCAAGAGUUUAAAAAAUAAUCCAGGAUUUUGGGAGCUAAAAAUGUGUAAAAUAUGAAGAGGUUUCUAUUAAGAGACUUAUUGUCAGAGAGUUUAGACCUGGUUUAGACCUGGUUUAGACCUGGUUUAGACCUGGUUUAGACCUGGUUUAGACCUGGUUUAGACCUGGUUUAGACCUGGUUUAGACCUGGUUUAGGCUUUGUUUUAGACCUGGCCUUA